AAGAACUCGGUCCAUGACAAAAAGCCCAUAUACAUGUCUCUCUUUUCUUUGCACGGGACACUAAUAGCUGAAGCGCGCGAGCAUUUCGCCUCACACAACACAGAAGACAGGUUCGUCUUCCUCUCUCGUGCUCUGCUAUUUUAUCAUCGUAGCUUCAGAUCAUGCUCAGAUCAACGUUCGCUCCCAUUUUCUUUACAUUCCCCACAAGACCCAGAAUUCAGAACUCGCUCCUUCGACCCAUUGCCUGCACCUUCUCAGACGUCUCGCCAGAUGUUCGACCAAAUGCCGCACUCACUCUUCCUCCUACAAUCCAAGCGGUGCUAGAGCCCCCCAAGUCAGCUUACGUCCAUCUUCCGUUCUGUAGAAAGCGCUGCCACUAUUGUGACUUCCCCAUUGUUGCUCUGGGGUCACUAUAUCAGGAGGAGGAUGACCCGCGGAUGGUGAAUUAUAUACAAUUGCUUUCACGUGAAAUCGAGGCAACAAGAGCCGGAUUCAAGACCAACCCUCCUCUUGAAACUGUGUUUUUUGGAGGUGGCACGCCGUCUCUGGUGCCGCCUAGGUUUGUUUCUUCGAUCUUGGAAUUGUUGAGAGUAAAAUUCGGGUUGGUGGCGGAUGCAGAGAUAUCGAUGGAAAUGGACCCUGGCACUUUCGAUGCAAGAAAGAUGAAUGAUUUGAUGGAGUUGGGUGUAAAUAGAGUGUCAUUAGGUGUUCAGGCAUUUCAAGAAGAGUUGUUGAAGGCUUGUGGGAGGGCACAUGGUGUUGAAGAAGUUCAUGAGGCUAUUCAAAUCGUCAAGUCUUGUGGUGUUGCGAAUUGGAGCAUGGACCUCAUCUCAUCUCUCCCUCAUCAGACACGUGAAAUGUGGGAGGAAAGUUUGCAUUUGACGAUUGAAGCAUCACCUGCUCAUGUCUCUGUCUAUGACUUGCAAGUGGAACAAGGCACAAAAUUUGGAAAACUGUACUCACCGGGGGAAUUUCCGCUGCCUUCAGAUGGACAAUCUGCAGAUUUCUACAGAACAGCAUCAAGGAUGCUAUCUGAUGCAAGCUACAACCAUUAUGAGAUCAGCAGUUAUGGUCGAGACGGAUUUGAGUGCAAGCACAAUCUUACAUACUGGAAGAACUCGCCUUUUUAUGGUUUUGGCCUUGGCUCUGCUAGUUAUGUUAAGGGGUUGAGGUUCUCAAGACCAAGGAAAAUGAACGAAUACAUGGAUUAUGUGAAGAAGUUGGAGGAGGGAAUGAAAGACUCGUGUGGAGAUGAUCAUGUUGAAGUUGAUGAUUUGGCCAUGGAUGUUGUGAUGCUCUCUCUGAGAACUGCAAGAGGUUUGGACUUGAGAUCAUCCAGGGAAGCAUUUGGCGACUCCCUCCUCCUCUCUCUUUGCAAGGUCUAUGAGCCUUACUUAGAUAGCGGGCACAUGAUUUUCAUGGACAAGGACCGCAAAGUCAUGCCUGGCAGGGAAUUGAACACCCUGCUGAUGGACAAAGGCGAGAUCACAAGAAGAUUAGCUUAUAUGAGGCUCAGCGAUCCAGAUGGUUUUCUGUUGUCAAAUGAACUCAUAUCGCUUGCAUUUGGGCUCAUAACUCCAUAAAACUGUGAUUGGCGUAAGAUAUGCAUAUGCCUCAACACCUACAGCCCAACAAGCAGUUCUUGUCAGGCUGCCUGCUGCUGAGAAAUCAGAAGAUUGCUUCGGUUGCAUUUGCUGGUGAAUUCGAAUUCAGAAAUAGUCUCACUAAUCAGCAUGAAAGCCGAUCGCCUGCUAGGUAAUAAUCAGGACAGAUGCUGUCCAGCUUUACAUGAAUGAUAACAUACAGAGUUUAUGAAGCUAUCUCUUAGAGAAUAGAGAACCAAUUGGGAAGAUCAAGAGAUGGAACCAAGAGAUAAGAUGGAUGCAGCAGACUCAUCAACUUUACACCGUGACUGCAAACAUCAUAAGACAACAUUGCACCAAAAGGAUCCAAGAGGUGUUGCCUGAUGGCUAGACCAGAACGAGACAGGAGAAGAAACAUUUCUGGCAAAUUUUUGCUGUAAUAUGAAACUAGACUCCACAGUCAUUAUUAAAGGACGAAAAUGUUUCGAAGCAUGGUGGGUGAAAAUUGCACAACUACUUUCAACUAGUCUAA